AUGCAAAAAGACACUAAUGCGAUCUUGGAGACACUAGUUUGUACGGUUGAUUCGGAAUCUUGUAUGAAAGGUGUUUGUUCGAAGUGUAAGACCCGGGGCAUAGUUUAUGAAAAAAAUAACCGAGAAAGAAUUGUGCCACUACGUCAGUGGGUAAGGAAAAGCGAAGUUGUAGAAAAGGGAGGAAAAAAGAUAAAGAUUUCAAAAAAUGUCCCUGUUACCGAAAAUCACACUAUUCAAGAAGUUAUUCAAAUAUUUGAAAAUGAACUCAUGAAUUUCAGAACUCAUCUCUACAACAUCCAACAUCAAUACAAAGCAUACCGACAGUGUAUCGAUGGUCUUACUGGAACUGAAGUAGCUUUACAUAUAGAUUUUAGUGAGAACUAUGCCUCUAAGUACCAUUCUGAAGUUCAGUCUCACCAUUUUGGUUCUCGUAAUCAAGUUACCCUCAAUACAGCCGUGAUGUACAAUUAUUCUACUGAAACACAAUCAAUAGAAGUAACUUCAUACUCUACAGUGUCUUCUAAUCAGAACCAUGGACCUUCUGCGAUCUGGGCUCACCUGCACCCAAUUCUUUCUGAAGUAAAAAAUAAACAUCCUAUUGUAACAACGGUUCACUUUUUUUCUGAUGGACCUGCGACCCAGUAUAAGCAGAAGAUUAAUUUCUACCUAAUGGCAAAUAGGUUUUUCGAAAAUUACUAG